GAAGACGGAGCAGGUGGAGCCUCCCUCACCUACAAAGGAGCCAGAGGGAGGACUGGCCUGCUGGAGGCGGCCCUGCCAGCUGAGAGGGACUCCCAGAGGGUCCCAGCACAGAGCUGCACUCACCAUGCCGCUCUGCCUCGCCCUGCUCCUCCUGACGGGGCUGUCUGCCUGCACCCGGGCAGGUGACAAGAAACUGGCACCCGGUGGCACUGAAGCAGGGUCUUUGGUAACCGUGACCCUGGAGGGCAGCCGUGCUGUGACGGGGGCUCCCUACGCAGCCACAUGGAACAUCAUCAACUUCAACUGCCUUCCCCUCGCUCUGACAAACUCUCUGCCUUUUCGGGAAGGCGUUGCCCCCAGCAUUCAGCUCCAGCUUCAGGAGGUGAAGAGGGACAAAGCCAGCCAGUUCUUUCCGCUGAUGGGGAAGCAGGCAGGAGGAGCAGCCAAGCAGCUCAGCCACAUGAGGACAGUGGGGAGUGUCUGCAGUUCCACUGAAGACCCAACACAGGCACCGAGCCCCAAAGAGCCAUGA